CAACAACAACAACAACAAUGAAGGUGGCGAUGGUGGUGGUGAUGGUGGUGGCGAUGGUGGUGGAGGCAGAAGUAGUAGUGGAUGGCAGCGGUUAUAGUGGAGUAGUAGUGGCUAUCAGUCCUAACCUGCCUGCUACUACCACUGAACAGCAGGAGAAAGUUAUAGCAGAUGUUAAGGAGCUAGUGACGGCCGCCUCUGAGGGAAUCUUUAGAGCUAACUUUAAUUUGCUCUACCUGGCUGAGGUGACGGUGGUGGUGCCCGCUGGAUGGAAAGUCACACACGAGGAAACACUGCCCGGGGAGUCGUGGGAGGUAGCGGACAUCGUGAUAGUGGAAGGGGGAGCGGCGACCCCUUCCGCCCCCUUGGUGAGAGCAGGGGGGGUGUGUGGAGUGAGAGGAGGGAGAGUGGAGGUGCCUUAUGACUAUUUUGACCCCAAUGUCCAGGCCUUAUAUGGAGACCCAGGUAAGGUAAUGGCCCAGGCGUGGCUCCAAUACAGGUACGGGGUGUAUGAAGAGCAUGGCUACCCGGGUGACACAGCCUUCCCACUGUCCUACCGCCACUUGCCCACCAACGCCACCAGACCCUCGCUGUGCACUGACUGGGACUCUCUGAAAGGCGGAUGGCUCGAUGCGUGAGUGUGUGGUACUGCUGGUGCUACUGCUGCUUGUGGUUUAAUGAGGCUAACACUGGGGAUACUACUGCUACUUCUACUGUUGUUGCUGUUGUUACUAAGA